AGAGCCUUGAUCAGUACAAAAAGGAGGGCUGACUUUGUGGACCAGCCUCCUGCAGCCUUGUUUGAGAGGGAGGCAGCAAGUGAGCCAGAGAAGCUGUUGGGAAUUGUGAGCGUUUUGUUGCUGAGAUGGCCAGGUUGAGUAUGUGGCGGAGCCCCGUGGCGCUGCCCCUGUCCUGCAUGGAGGAGCCGGUCGCCUCGGGCGUUCGCAGGAGCAGCAGCAUGCCGGUGAUCCGGCAGGCGUACCCGGAGAGCAGCAGCGUCGUUCGGCCGUUCAGUGAGAUUCCUGGACUCUGGAAGAACGGGGUGGUCAACCUGUACAACUUCUGGAAACUGGACGGCUUUAGAAACCUUCACCGUAUCAUGCUGCAGAACUUCAACACAUUUGGACCCAUUUACAGGGAGAAAAUAGGUUAUUAUGAAAGUGUAAAUAUCAUCAAACCAGAGGAUGCUGCAAUUCUCUUUAAAGCAGAGGGCCAUUAUCCUAAAAGGCUGAAAGUUGAAGCAUGGACGUCAUACAGAGACUACAGGAACCGCAAAUAUGGGGUUCUCCUAAAGAAUGGUGAAGACUGGAGAAACAACCGUGUGAUUCUUAACAAGGAGGUGAUUUCCCUGAAGAUGCUAGAAAACUUUGUGCCACUGCUGGACGAUGUGGGCCAGGAUUUUGUGGCCAGAGUUCACAAAAAAAUUAAACGAAGUGGCCAGAACAAAUGGACCACAGACUUGUCUCAAGAACUUUUCAAAUACGCUCUAGAGUCGGUGAGCUCAGUGCUGUACGGGGAGCGGCUGGGCCUGAUGCUGGAUUACAUUGACCCUGAAGCUCAGCGCUUUAUAGACUGCAUCACACUCAUGUUCAAGACCACUUCCCCCAUGCUGUACAUUCCUCCUGCUCUGCUGAGGCAGGUCGGAGCAAAGGUGUGGCGGGACCACGUAGAGGCGUGGGAUGGAAUAUUUAACCAAGCUGACCGCUGCAUCCAGAACAUCUACAGGCAGCUGCGUCAGGAAACAGGAGCAUCCAAGGAAUACCCAGGAGUGUUGGCCAGUUUGCUUCUGUUGGACAAGCUGUCCAUUGAAGACAUCAAGGCCAGUGUGACUGAAUUAAUGGCUGGAGGAGUGGACACUACUUCCAUAACGCUCCUGUGGACGCUGUAUGAAUUAGCCAGACACCCAAACCUCCAGGAGGAGCUGAGGGCAGAGGUUGCUGCGGCUCGGACUGCAAGCCAGGGGGACAUGCUGGACAUGCUGAAGAGGAUUCCUUUGGUCAAAGGCGCUCUUAAAGAGACACUCAGAUUGCAUCCAGUUGCAGUAAGCCUGCAAAGAUACAUAGCUGAAGACAUAAUUAUUCAAAACUAUCACAUUCCAGCUGGGACUUUGGUCCAGUUAGGGCUUUAUGCGAUGGGCAGGGACCCAAAGGUGUUCUUCCGUCCAGAGCAGUACCUUCCGUCUCGCUGGCUGAGGACUGAAACGCAGUACUUCAGAAGCCUGGGCUUCGGCUUUGGUCCCCGUCAGUGUCUGGGACGCAGGAUAGCUGAGACGGAGAUGCAGAUCUUUCUUAUCCAUAUGCUUGAAAACUUCCGAAUUGAGAAGCAGCGCAAUUUGGAAGUACAGAGUAUGUUUGAGCUUAUUCUCUUGCCAGAUAAGCCUAUAAUAUUAACUCUGAAACCUCUGCAAGUCAGUCAGUAAAGCAUUUAGGACAUUUCUGAUGCAUGUGAAGCUGUUCUCUUUUCAAUAGCCCCUUUUAUGGGCUUCCAAGAGUAUUGCAGUCUUAAACGUCUUAAAUUCCUUAUGAAAAAGAUAAAAAUGUCACCUCAGAGGUUCAGUAGUCAUAUUUGCUGUACAUAGCUUAGUAAAUACUUUGAUUUAACAAUGGAUUUUUUGGUCUGUGUAAGCAAAAACUGGAUUCCAUCUCAUUCCUGUAAUAUAUUUAUGUAUAUUUGUUCAAGCCGAUAAGGAAUAAAUAGCAAAACUGA